AUGGUAUUCGUACGUUUUUCUCUUUCCAAAUCUAACUUCCACCUUACAAUACAUGUCAUGUGAACUCGUGAAGUGUGCAGUGUUUGGUGCUUCUUUUUGUUCUCCUCUUUCCUUUUUUGGUUCACGAUUCCUUCCCUCCUCAUGGAGUCUCUGGAACUUGUUCCUCUUCUUCUUCUUCAUCCUCGCGCAUCACCACCACCACAAUCAAUAAGGCAACCUCGUUUCCCUUCUCUUCUCAAUAGAAAAACUAGAAAUGCCAACUUGCGAUCAUUUUCCGCUAACCUUCAAGGCGGCGGUGGCGGCGCUACUUCACAAGGCGGUCCCUUCUCUUUCGAAGACCAAACCUCUCACCACAAAGACGAUAGAGCUCUCCUCAUUGCCAGAGAAACCGACGAUUUUGGCUAUCUCGUUGGCUUUCGCUUGCUUCCUGACUCUGGUCUCGAAGAGUUGAUGAGUGUGUCACACACAAUAACUGAGGAAGAUUCUAGUAGCGAUGAGGUUGAAAAACCUGAGAUUGAAGAUACAGAAGAAGAGGGAGCUAAGACUAGAGUGUCCCAUAACAUUGUUUUCGUGACUUCUGAAGCGGCACCAUAUUCGAAGACCGGUGGCCUUGCUGAUGUUUGUGGCUCUUUACCGAUAGCACUCGCGGGCCGUGGACACCGUGUCAUGGUUGUCACGCCGAGAUACAUUCAUGGUACCCCUGAGGAUCUCAAGUUUGCCGGGGCAGUUGAUCUUGAUCAAUCCACCAAAGUGUUUUGCUUUGGAGGUGCUCAAGAAAUUGGCUUUUACCAUGAGUAUAGGGAAGGAGUUGAUUGGGUAUUUGUGGACCAUCCCUCAUUCCAUAGACCAGGGAAUCCGUAUGGAGACACGUUUGGGACUUUUGGGGAUAAUCAGUUUCGGUUCACUUUACUUUGCCAUGCAGCAUGUGAAGCCCCAUUGGUGCUUCCAUUGGGAGGGUUUACUUAUGGAGAAAAAUGUUUAUUCCUUGCUAAUGAUUGGCAUGCCAGCCUAGUUCCAAUACUUUUGGCAGCGAAGUAUCGUCCACAUGGGGUAUAUAAGGAUGCACGUAGUAUUUUGGUGAUACAUAAUAUAGCACACCAGGGAGUGGAACCUGCAAUUACAUAUAGCAAUUUGGGGCUACCUCCAGAAUGGUAUGGAGCACUGGGAUGGGUGUUCCCUACGUGGGCAAGGACACAUGCUCUUGACACGGGAGAAGCUGUCAACUUUCUAAAAGGUGCUGUUGUUACAUCUGACCGGAUUGUUACAGUAAGCAAGGGCUAUUCCUGGGAGAUAACAACUAGUGAAGGUGGAUGUGGUCUACAUGAUUUAUUAAGCAGUCGAAAAAGUAUUCUCAGUGGGAUCACAAAUGGAAUUGAUGUCACUGAAUGGGACCCGUCAUGUGAUAAACAUAUUGCUUCCAACUAUUCUGCUGAUGACCUUUCGGGGAAGGCCGAAUGCAAGAUUUCGUUGCAGAAGGAAUUGGGUCUUCCAGUGAGGCCUGAUUGUCCAAUGAUUGGAUUCAUUGGAAGACUGGACUACCAGAAAGGUAUUGACCUGAUUCGGUUGGCAAUGCCAGAGCUCAUGGAAGCUGAUGUUCAGUUUGUUAUGCUAGGUUCAGGAAACCCUAUUUAUGAAGACUGGAUGAGAGCAACAGAAUCAGCUUAUAAAGAUAAAUUUCGGGGUUGGGUGGGAUUCAAUGUUCCAAUAUCUCAUAAAAUAACUGCAGGCUGUGAUAUACUGUUAAUGCCAUCUGCAUUUGAGCCCUGCGGACUGAAUCAGUUGUAUGCAAUGAGAUAUGGAACUAUACCUGUAGUUCAUGAAACUGGGGGGCUAAGAGAUACUGUUCAUAAUUAUAAUCCCUAUACUGAAGAAAGCAAAGCUGAAAGCACUGGGUGGACAUUUUCUCCACUGACAAAGGAUAGCAUGUUAGCGGCUCUAAGAUAUGCCAUUCAAACAUAUAAUGAACACAAGCCUUCUUGGGAGGGGUUGAUGAUAAGAGGCAUGACAAGAGAUUACACAUGGGUAAAUGCUGCCACUCAGUACGAGCAAGUCAUUGAGUGGGCAUUCACCGACCCUCCCUAUUGCUGAAAGCUGAAAUGAAGUUUGCAUAAAAGAUGAUCUACGCAAGAUUUUCUUUCAAUAUACUCAGGCUGCUUAAGGAGAUUAUCAUGUUCAUAAUCAUGGCUUAGUGAUAACAGAAAGGAGGCAAUUUUUUCUUUGGUCGCUUGAGUCUCCCAGCUUGGUGUAAUUUUAUUAAGAAACACAAUUUAUUUUAGGAAUGCACACACACACACACACACACAUAUAUAUAUAUAUAUAUAUAUAUAUCUCACCCGUCUUGAGCCUGUACUCUUUUGAUGAUAUGAUAGGGUACAUAAACUCAGCUAGGAGGUCCUCGUGAAAUUUCUUUACACAGAUUGAAACUCCACUUUGUAACUAUGCCAAUAAUAUUAUUAAAUGCUAUUAGAAGCUUUUUUUACCGUACAAAGGGCAAAUGGAUAAUCAAUUGUGAUGCAUA